UCUCAGAUUUAAUCUUGUACAGCAAACAUCUCCUUACUACAAAAGCAGCAACAAGAGCAUGGAUAUGAGGAACCUCGCUUUCCUUACCCUACUGCUUGCGGUUUUCUGUUUCUCUGAAGAGAAACCAGUCAGCUUGACUUACCGAUGUCCCUGUAGAUAUUUUGAAAGUAACGUGGCCAAGAGCAACAUCAAACACCUGAAGAUUCUGUCCACCACCAACUGCUCUCUGCAGAUUGUGGCUCGUCUUAAGCAUAAUGGAAAACAGAUUUGCUUGGACCCUAAGAUUAAGUGGAUCCAAGAGUACCUGGAUAAAGCUUUGAACAAGUAAACAGAUGACGCAGAUGUUCAGCUCCUACUACUGGCAUGAAUGUGUUAUGACAAAAUCUUCAUGGGUACUCACACUCCUGUAACCUGGAAUCUUGUACAGUAUCUGGUGCUGAGCCUUGUUAGAGAUUCCAUGCGGGCCCAAGACCAAAUGGGUUUACUCUCCAUUGCUGGGACAUCCUAGUGAGCAGUAUGUUACACAGUCAUUGUUCUUUGGAGCAUUUACAGCAAAAAUAUUUAAAGGGAACCUGUCACCUCCCAAAACCAUCCCAAGCUGCCAGCAGUACCU